UCUAUUCAAAAGCUAUGGUUAAAGCAAAUAUGAACCACGUUAGCGUAGAAUACGUUUUUAAUUAAAGCAAGGCACAUAAACUUUAAAGCUUUUAAACGUUUAUAUCAAAUGAACUCUGCUUGUUUUUAGUCAAACUUAACAUCAAAAGUUCUUCUCUGGUAUGGUUAAAUUUCCAAAAACGUUAUCUGUUCCCGUGCCCUAGAUAUGCAAAAAAGAGCUUUCAAAAGUGGGUCCGAUAGUAAACGGAAAAGAACAUCUGACAAAAACGGGUUCAAAAAUACGAAAAAAAGACAAGAUCGAAGUUUAAUUUCAGAAGCUCGCGAAACAUAUCAUAAUUUCGACAACCUAAAUAAACGAAACAAAAACCCAAACGUAUCGAAAAGAAACAACAACAACAACAACAACAACAAUAAUAACAACAAUGUGCAAAGCACCAUUAGCGGAACAACUUCAGGAACUACGAUUGUACCAAUAACAACAACAUCAACACCAACCUUGGCGCCAAAUUCGAAUGAAACGGAUGGCGGAAACUCGACUCUUGGCGGUCAAAAUGAAAACUCGGGUGAUUCGGGUCCUUCGCAUAGUAUCUUUAUUUUUGGAGGAAUAAUAGUAGCCGCUGUGGUUAUUCUGCUGGCAGCCAUGGGGUUCUUUUUCUUCCGAUGGUACAGACAAAGACAACUAAAAAAGACACUACAGGACAACUAUAAGACAAGGAUGAAGGGGAAAAAGAGACUGGGCAUUGUGGAUUACAUUCUCAAAUACAACUACUUGGAAGCCAAACUGGACAUCGAGAUCCUGCAGGUGAAGAAUAUCACCCUGUCUAACAAGCAGGACGUGGACAUGAAGGAGUUCGCCACUUACAUGCGGGUGUAUCUCGUGCCAGAAAUGGACCAGCAGCACGAGACCAAAAUAGUCACCAAAACACUCAACCCACAGUUCAACCAGACGUUCAAUUUCAAAUGUCUGGUCGAUGAUCUGGACAAAUGUAGGAUCUUACUCAGACUGUAUCAACACCACAAAUUCCUCCGAGACAUGCCGAUAGGGGAUGGAAUAGUGGAGUUAUUGAAGGACGAGUUGAGACUCGGAUUCGCCUCUGUUCCUAUGUACGCUUACAAUCCCGCCUUGGACGAUCCCCUAGGCGAAGUUUGCAUGUCUUUGAGAUACAACCCGACGACCUCGAAACUAAGUGUCACAAUUAUCGAAUGCAGAAAUCUCAAAUCUAUGGAUUGGAAUGGAAAAGCGGACCCCUACGUCAAAAUUAUUUUAAAAAUCCGAGACAAAAUCAUCUACAAAGACAAGACAGCGAUCAAAAAAUGCACUUUGAACCCAUAUUUCAACACAAUCUUUUCCUUCAAAAUCCCACCGACUAAAAUUCCUCUUGUAGAUUUGUUAUUAAUUGUAAAAGAUUACGACUUGCUUGGAUCAAAUGACGAAAUAGGAUCGGUCCGGCUGGGGAUCGAACCGGACUCCGAGGCGGCUGAGAGGCAGUGGAACAACAUGAUUGAGAAUUUGAAACGACCUCAAACUGAGUGGCAUCAUUUAAUGCCACAAGAAGAUACACUUUAAAGUCUACUGUCAAAAUAACCAUUCCAAAUUUAAUAAUCAAACCCCCCUCCCCCCAAACAAUUUGAUCGCCAAAAAUCCCAGAUAUUUAAUCGGAAUAUCAAUCAGUUAAUAGAAGGUCAUACUAUUGGUGUAAACUUUAAACAACGGAUGAAGCGAUUAGGUUAUUUUUUUUUCGGAAAAUGCUCGGCGAGCUCUCUGAGUAGAAGUCUAUUUUAUGUACUUGAUGUUGAUAACCCACACCAAAAUUUUUGUCUAGAAUUUAUUGAAUAAUUGUACGUCCAUUGUCAAUAUUGUAUGUUUACAUAGUCUUGUAUAUAAUUCAA